GACCUGAGUUCAAGUGUUACCUCAGAAAAUUACUAGCUGAGUAACUCUGGAGACAUCCCAUUAAUUCUAAGUCUCUCACAAUUAAUUUUCUCUUUUUUACAAUGAUGAUAAUACUAGGACUGACGUCAUGGGGAUGGUUUGAACAUCAACUGAUAAAAAUAUAUUUAGAGCACUUUAUAAAACAAAGCAUUAUACAAAUGUUUGUUAUCAUUAGUGUUAUCAUCAUCAUUAUCAUGAUUAUUACCUCUGACACAUACCAGUUUUGUGACUGUGAGACAGUAACUUGGUCUCUUGUUCCCAAAGGAAACCCUCUAUGAUAAUAAAUUUAUGUGCGUUGGUGGGCAAGCUUCCAUAUUGAAAGUUGCCCACAUCGGUGAAACCACAAGUCCACAGCAAAAGAAACAAAGAAGUGACACACUAAACGUUUGCUUUCUAAAGUGUUAUAUAAAUAAAAGCUAUUAUCAUUUUCAUCUACAUCUCUGCUAGCAAAGGGCUGCUAGCUGAUGGACUCCUCCCUUCAUUCACUCCAGCCAUUUAUGUUGUCUGGACCUUUGACAAUCUGCCCGUCACCAUUUAUUUGCAUGCUACUACCAUGGUAAAUCUCAGGAAAGCUGCUAAAAGUCAAGGUGAGCCAAAGAAAAUGGCUCCUCUCCCAAAGGAGACAGAAGACAAUGAGGAUGAGAACACGUCAGAAGAUGAAGAAGCAAGCAGUGGAAAAAAGGUUGUAAUCCUUCAGAAGAAGGGGAAGAAAGCUAUGCCUACACCAGCCAAAAAAUUGUACCACCAGCCAAAAAAAGCCAUUGUUGCCACUAUACCUGCCAAGAAAAUAGUCAUGAUCCCUGGUAAGAAGGCAGCUAUGGCCCUGACUAAAAUAGUGGCUAGCCCAGAAAAAGCUGGUAUCACACUAAGCAAGAAAGACACCACUUCGGCUAAAGCAGCAGCCCCCCACCCCACCAAAACGGGGGAAGAUGGAAAGAAUGGGAAGAAAGAGGACAGUGAAUCUGAAGAACAGGACAGUAAAGAUGAUUAAGAUGAAGAGUUUGAACCACUGAAAGCCCAAAAAUGGACUCAGCUCCAGCCAAACA